AUGUUCAACAACAUCUUGACCCGGUUGCCUUCGAAGCAAGUUGCUCGGUUAAGGCGUGUUUGUAAGCUAUGGAAUGCUGUUUUAAGUGAACGGUCUUUUAUCAAAUCCCACCUUCAUCAUUCAAUCCAAGCAGAUAAACAACGUGGGGAAGUCCUGCUUACUUUUCAUAACGGGUUUUCUUUUGACCAUGGCUGUAGAUUACCAUUCACCGCGAAUUUGUGUCGAUGCCCAUAUUACGAAUACGUGGGUCUCAUGAUCAAACUCCCUGUUAAUGCUUCAUCAUACGUACAUGGUGGAAGUUACGUUAUUGGAUCUGUUAACGGCUUGAUAUGCUUUGCUAAUUGUAAAAACUCUUUUGUCAUUCACCUUUGGAACCCUUCGCUUUCCGCGUUACUUGCUGUCCCACCGUAUGAUUUUUUCUCCCCGUACCCCAACCGCUACCAGAUCCUUUUUCGGUUUGGGUUUGAUCCAAAAACCGAUGAUUACAAAGUUGUCAAGUUUAUGUAUGGUCAUGCAAUACCGGGCGUUGAGACGUGGCUACGCAUGGAGGUGUAUAGCAUGCGAAAGGGAUCUUGGAAUCAUACAACUCCACCUCCACUACCACAUAUUACAACGAUUUGCGAUAGCAAUGAACGCUAUGUAAACGACUACGAUGGUUACCUUCACUGGUUUGGCUAUGUCGUCGUUGAUCAUGAUCAAGGGCCGCGUCGACAAGCGAUAGUGGCAUUUGAUUUGUGUUUGGAAACUUUCAGUGAGAUAUCUCUUCCCGAUUCUAUAGACAACUCUUCUUAUUAUAAUGCUAUUGGAGUUUUGGAUGGAAAACUUUGUGUCAUGUCAUGUAGUUAUAGUGAUACAAAAUAUGAGGUUUGGGUGAUGAAUGAGUAUGGUGCGGCCGAGUCGUGGGUGCAAAACCAUGUCUUUUCACGGUUUAGUACUGGAUCAUCAAUGGUCCGGCCUUUGGGGUUUACAUUGCACAAUAAGUUUAUCUUCGAAGCUCCCGAUGAACCUUUGGCUUUGUAUGAUCCGCUCGAACACCAAGUUAGUUACUUUAACAUAUCUAUUAUGCCAAGUUUCAGAACCAAAGUCGUUCAGUAUGUUGACAGUCUGGUUUGGGUAUCACCCCUCCGAUCGAUCCUAAGAGAUUGA